AUGGCUACAGAAGCAUCAUCCUCCGCGCACACAUUUGCGAAGCCCCUGGGGCUUCCGCUCUCCAAGGAUGAGCUCGAUCGCAUCAACACGCAUCUGCGCGAGCUCACACCCUCGGACACCCUCAAAUGGGCGGUCGAGCACGUCCCCGGGCUGUACCAAACGACAGCGUUCGGGCUGACGGGGCUCGUCGCGAUCGACAUGCUGUCGAAAAUUACGUCAAGGCCUCCGCCCCUCAUUUUCAUCGACACGCUCUACCACUUCCCCGAAACGCUUGAGCUCGUCGAGGAGGUCCGGAGGCGGUACGGCACCCCUGUGCAUGUGUACAGGCCGGAAGGCUGCGACACCGCCGCGGAAUUCGAGAAGAAGCACGGGCAGGGUUUGUGGGAACGGGACGAGACGCUGUACGACUACCUAGUCAAGGUCGAGCCUGCACGGCGCGCGUAUGACGAACUCGGUGUUAAGGCUGUGAUUACGGGUCGCAGGGCCUCGCAGGGGGCGGAGCGCGCCAACUUGCAGCCCCUGGAGGUCGACAGCACGGGCCUUCUCAAGCUGAACCCGCUGUUCGCGUGGACGUUCCCCUUCGUUGACUGGUACGUGAAGGAGAACAACGUCCCGCGGAACAGGCUGCUCGACCAGGGGUACCGGAGCGUCGGGGACUGGCACAGCACGGCGAGGAGCUUGGAGGGCGAUACGGGCGAGCGCGCGGGGCGGUGGGCAGGCAAGAAGGAGAAGACAGAGUGCGGGCUGCACGUGGACUACUUCGCGGUGAAGGCAGCCGCGGAGAAGAAGGUGAGCGGAUCUACGCCGCGUCUGUGGGUGACCUACGCUCAUCUUCGAUACCUAUAG